AUGUUUUUCAACAAAGUCCUAUCUUUACAGACACCAGAGAUCUCACACGGGGGAGAAGCCAUAUUCCUGUCCUGA